CGUCAGCCAAUGAAAGUGGUGCAAUGGAACGCGGGUGAUCUCCAUGGAAACACCGGAGGGAGGAGGGGAGGAGGUUACCUAGCAACUGGUGGAUGCUGAGAGGCCCCGCCAAGCGGUCGGAAAGUGCAUUUCCAGAGCCCAAGGAACCGGAGCUGACAGAUCCUGGACUGGGGCGACUGAGUCCUAGUUGCCCCCCCUAACCCUUAGGGGCCCCCGGCCCCAACCCAAUCAUGACGUCUCCCCUGUGCUGGGCGGCCGCCACCAACGCCCCUCCUGCUCAGGACCAGGUAACGAAGCAAUCUUCCAAGGUCAAAAACAGGAAGGCUUCGCCCAAGUAUGGCCAACCCGGAAGCAAGAGCGCCAUCCAUGGCUGGUCCCCACCCCAUUCGAAGGCAGGACGACCCCGCCGCGGUGUGGGGAAGUCCACUGUGCACUUGCAGAUGGCUGAGUUACAAAGAAAGAUACAACUGUUAGAGGGUGACCGGAAGGCCUUUUAUGAGAGCUCCCAGUGGAACAUCAAGAAGAACCAGGAGACCAUUAACCAGCUCCGCGAGGAGACAAAGGCACUGGAACUGCAGCUGAUGGACCUGCUCAAGGGAGAUGAGAAAGUGGUCCAGACAGUGAUUCAGGAAUGGAAGGCAGAGAAGCCAUACCUGAAGAACAGGACAGGCCAGCAAGCCCUGGAGCUCCUGGACCACCGGCUCAGCGAGAAGGUGAAGCAGCUCAACGUGCUGCGGCACCAGCUGGUGCUGCGCCAGAGCCGGCUGGAAGAGCUCCAGCUGCAGCACCGCCUUCGCCAGAUGGAGAUGGCAGAGGCGCGCGACAGCAACACGGAGAUAGCCAAGACCAUGCGCAACCUGGAGAACCGCCUGGAAAAGGCCCGGAUGAAGGCGGAGGAGGCGGAACACAUAACCAGCGUGUACCUGCAGCUCAAGGCCUAUCUACAGGAGGAGAGCCUUAACUUUGAGAACCGGCUGGACUUCAUGGAGGCUGAGGUGGUGAGGACCAAACACGAGCUGGAGGAACUGCACGUGGUGAACCAGGAGGCCAUCAAUACCCGGGACUUUGCCAAGAACCAGCUGCAGUAUCUGGAGGAGACCAUGCUACAGGAGCGCAGGAAGCGCGAGCGCUACGUGACCGACUGCAAGAAGCGCGCGGAGGAGAAGAAACUGGAGAACGAACGCAUGGAGCGCAAGACCCAGCGCGAGAACCUGCUGCUGCAGUCGGAGGACGCCCCCCAGGAGAUACUGCGCCCCAAGGAGGAGGAGCUGCGGCGGCGCUGGAACAUGUACCAGAUGGAGGUGCUCUUCGGCAAGGUCAAGGACGCCACCGGCACAGCCGAGACGCAUUCGGUGGUGCGGCGGUUCCUGGCCCAGAGCGACACCUUCGAGCAGUUGGAGACGCUCAAGAGGGAGAAUGAGCAGGCGCUGGCGAAGUUGAAGGAAGAGAAGCAGCGGCUGCAGCGGGAACUCGAAGACCUCAAAUACUCCGGGGAGGCCACGCUGGUGAGCCAGCAGAAGCUACAAACCGAGAUCGAGGGGCGUCUCCAGGUGGAGGAGAAGCGGCAAGCUGAGGCCCAGGGUCACUUGGUGCGCACCUUGCGGGCGAUGCAAACUGCCAAGGAGAGCCUGGAGCACCUGGCGAGCAAACUUAACCACAUCACCGUGGAGAACGGCCGCUUCCAGGGAAAGGAGUUGGAUCCCAAGGCAGGUGACUAUCUGCCGAACCUGCUGGGCCUGGUGGAGGAAAAGCUGCUGAAACUGCAAGGGCAGCUCGAUAGCCAGGACGUGCCAGAGAUGCUGCGCCACAUCGCGGACCGCGAGUUCUACGCCACCUUAGAGGGAAAGCUGCCCCAGUACAACACCCGCAUCACCCUGCCUCUCGUCAGUUCCAAGGACAAGUUCUUUGUCGACGAAGAGGAGAGUGAGGACGAGGACAACAUGGUGGUGAACCGCGCGGCGAUCAAGAUCCGUUCACAGAAGUUCAUCGAAAGCCGCAACAAGAAGCGCAGUCGGUCGCGGAGGUCCUAGACUCACUCUCGCGCUCUCCUAGCGCCUGGGGUCCCCUUCGGAGCCCCCAUCCCCUCUGGGCCCAGCGCUGGCCCACGGGGCCCCUGGAGGGCUGAACGCGGCCUGUACCCUGUACCCGAGCGGAGCAGACCGCCGGCGCGGGAGGAGAGGGGUGGCCGGGCCCGACGCUCCCACGGUAAAUCUCCCAGCGGUCCGCGCCGGCCUCGCACUCGCGCAAUAAAGGUCGCGCGCCAGC